AUGCUGCAGAAAAAAUGUAGACGAAAGGGAGAAGAAAAACGCAAGGCGGCUUUUAUAGCCUCAAAACGCGGAAGAAAAGCUUUUUCACGUCAACCAGAAAAGACAAGCCUACCACAAAUUGAUGCAUCUACUACAGUUACGUUUGGUGAUUGCUGGCAACCACUUCCUGGGCAUUCUUCAAACUUAAAUUCACUCAUCCAUAAUGCUCAUGAUGGGCUUCGAAUAACUCGUGCUAUAAUCGGUUCAUAUUUGUGA